AUAAAUUUAAAUUUCUCCAAAAGCUGGUUGCUAACUUAGACUUAUCUACUUUCAAAGAUAGUUACUAAUAUAUCCACUUCCAUACCAAAGAAAGAAUAAGCAGAAAUGGCAAGCAAUGGAGAGAAUGGAAGACAUCAAGAAGUUGGACACAAGAGUCUUUUGCAAAGUGAUGCCCUUUAUCAGUACAUUCUUGAAACAAGCGUGUAUCCAAGAGAGCCUGAACCCAUGAAAGAGCUAAGAGAGAUCACCGCAAAACACCCCUGGAACAUCAUGACCACCUCUGCUGAUGAAGGACAAUUCUUGAGCAUGCUUCUUAAACUCAUCAAUGCCAAAAACACAAUGGAGAUUGGUGUUUUUACUGGUUACUCUCUUCUUGCUACUGCCAUGGCUCUUCCUGAUGAUGGCAAGAUUUUAGCCAUGGAUAUCAACCGGGAUAACUACGAGAUUGGUCUUCCAGUAAUUGAAAAGGCUGGACUAGCUCACAAAAUUGAAUUCAAAGAAGGCCCUGCACUUCCCGUUCUUGAUCAAAUGAUUGAAGACGGCAAAUACCAUGGAUCAUAUGAUUUCAUAUUUGUGGACGCUGACAAAGACAAUUACUUAAACUAUCACAGGAGAUUAAUCGAGUUGGUCAAAGUUGGUGGACUAAUUGGAUAUGACAACACCCUUUGGAAUGGAUCAGUGGUUGCACCACCUGAUGCACCCCUUAGGAAAUAUGUAAGGUAUUAUAGGGAUUUCGUAUUGGAACUCAACAAGGCAUUGGCUGCUGAUCCAAGAAUUGAAAUUUGUCAGCUUCCCGUUGGUGAUGGCAUCACCCUCUGCCGCCGCAUCAGUUAAAUUUACACGGCUAGUUCAAGGGAAUGGAGGAUUUAUUAUUUUUGCAAUUUCCUGUUUCGUUAUUUUACCUUUUAUUUCUAAUUUUCUCGUUUCUUGUAAAGGUUGCAUUGUCGAUGUUACCUACUGCUUAUUUUUUCAACAAUGUAUGUAAAUAACAAAAAAGUCCAAGUUCAAAGAUCAAA